AUGGCGGUUCCCUACUACGCGUACCUGAAGAUGAAGAUGUCGGUUCCCAAGGGCCUCAUCACCAUCACCGGCGAUUACCGCAAGUCCCUGGAGUGCGCCCGAGACGGCACCAAGUUGGCCGAGUCGCUGGUCAUUGCCGAGGAGCAGCGCCAGCUCGACCGGAUCGUCGCCCUGGCAGGCGAGGCCUCCGCCGCGUCGAUCCCGAUCCCGGACCCGGCCGACGAGUCCAGCGGGCAGGUCGAGCGGGCCAAUGGACUCAUCCUGUCCGGCGUCAAGCCGCGACUCGUCGAGCCACUCAUCCGCUCACCCGGCAGCUGGCUUGACGAGUUGCCAGCCGUUCUCUAG